AUGAAAUUUUCAUCUGUUCUUUUAUUCACGUCUACUGCUUUAGCCGCACCAGCAUCACCUGACUCUUUUUCGCAAGUCAGAGUUCCAGCUUACGACUGGUCUUCUGGUUGGGUUAAAGACUUUCCAAUACAUUCUUCAUGUAAUGAGACUCAAUACAACCAACUCCGCUCGGCCCUUGAAGAAACUGAAGAAUUGGCUGCUCAUGCCAGAGAUCACACAUUGAGAUUCGGUAACAACUCCGACUUUUUCAGACUUUAUUUUGGAAAUGAAACUGCCUCUGCUGAAGUGAUUGGUUGGUUUGACAGUAUAGUCAGUGAGGAUAAGAGUGCCCUCACUUUCCGAUGUGACAACCCAGAUGGUAACUGUGAUCUUGAAGGUUAUGCUGGCCAUUGGAGAGGUGAAAACGGUUCCGAUGAAACUGUCAUCUGUGAUUUGUCGUUCUCUUCUCGUUUGUCACUUACAAAAUUAUGUUCAGCAGGAUUCACUGUUGGUAGAUAUAAGAAUACCAAUUACUGGUCGGCUGAUCUUCUUCAUAGAAUCUGGCACACCGAUGCCUUUGGAAAGGGGGCAAUAGGCCACUACGCUGAUACCUACGAAGACGUUUUGGAGUUGGCCAAGACCAACGGUAGCAGAGCAGUCAGAAAUUCUGCAUCCUUGAUACUUUAUGCUCUCGAUAUAUAUGCUCACGAUAUUUCCGUUCCAGGAGUUGGGUGCAAUGGCAUCUACGAAUUUAGAAAUGGUAAGAUGAUACAGACUGAAGACAAAACUACUACUACUGCUGCUGAUAUCAAAGCUACUGCCACCAAUGCUAUGACUAGUAACGCUGAAACUGCUGAUGCUGAAACUGAAAUCGCCAGUAAUUGCCAUACCCACGAUGAUGGCUCAACACACUGU